AUGGUGGGUCCAGGCGGACCCCAGGACAACUACGAAGUACAAAAAUCAGGACAACCACGAAGGGUUAAUCAACGAUUCGAUAGAAUUGUACAUGAUACCAUUUUUACUCGUGAUUUAUGUUUACUAGAAUAUUGUCCAGUCGACGAUUCUACUUUUCCACUUCCAGAUCCAAUAAUUGAUCGAUUUUGUUCAAAAAUUUUACCUGAAAUUGGACAUCAAAUAAAAACUCUUUUCCUUUCACGAACAUCAAUAGAACGUGUUCUUUAUACUACAAAUUAUCCUAAUUUAAAUCAUCUUGGCUUAUGUGAUAUUGAAUACAAAGUAGCUAAGUCUUUGUUUGCUGAAUUGCAUGUCACUCUGAUACGUAUGGAAGACUGUCUUAAUAUACUUGAUGGACUUUUUGAUCAACUUCGUAUACUUCAUGUUAACUUUGAUGAUAUUUGCCUUGGAUUUUCCAAAUCUGAACAUAAGCAAAAACUAUUACCAAACUUACGUAUUUUUUCUUUAUGCUGCGAGGAGAAGAUAUAUAAGUAUGAUAAAUCAAUUGUGCCACUUCUACGUCGAAUGUUAAAUUUAGAAGAACUUGAUUUAAAAAUUACAGUUAAUUGUGAUGAAAAAUUUAUUGAUAAUGAUACAUUGAAGAAAGAUAUUAUUAUUUAUAUGCCACAAUUAUAUAAAUUUACAUUUAAUAUUUGUUCAACUAUUGAUCAUCAUAGUCAAAUUAAUUUUCCAUUAAAUGAACAUAUUCAGAAUACAUUUAAAAAUAUUUUUAAUAAUCAAAUAAUUACUUCUAUUGAUCAUUUUCAAGAAGAAAGAUAUAGUCAAUGUCAUAUUUAUUCAAAUCCAUAUAAAUGGAAAAUUUAUAAUAACAUAACAAAUAAUUUUCGAGAUGGAUUAUUUACUAGUGUUACUCAAGUAUCAUUAUAUGAUGAACGUCCAUUUGAAUAUGAAUUUUUUCUUCGAAUUCAAAUAUCAUUUCCAUUUAUGAAAGAAUUAAGAAUAAAAAAUCGAAAAGCACAAAAAUAUAAACAAUUUAUAAAAUCAAACAACAAUAAUCAAAUAUUGCCAAUUAUUAAAUAUCCGAAUCUUACUCGUCUUGAUCUUAGUAAUACUCAUGAUGAUUAUCUUGAACUAUUUUUAUUUGAUAUGAAUAUGUCUUUGCCAAAUAAUCUUCAUCUUUGUGUCAAUUAUCAAUCACUGGAAAGAGUGACAUAUUAUUUUACAAGAUAUAUGAUACGAAAUCAUUGUGCAAAACUUGCUGCUCUAUAUUUUGAUUCAGUGAAUCAAAUGGUUGAAUAUAUCAAAUACUAUUUUCCUUAUACAUGUAUACGUUGUACCAGUGAUUAUUAUUUCGUAAGAGACAAAAGUUCGCAUACAUGUUCCUAUCGAUAUAUGUCUGCAACUACUUAA